AAGGCAGCUGUUGAAAUUAGAUGACAGUAAAUAUUAUUCGUCGAUAAGUAUUUAUUUAAAAUUAAUUAGACUACUUUAUUGUACUAAUGAAUUGUGCAUGAAUCUGAACUAGUUUUGUACAAGAUACGGUAGCUGUCGUGUUCUUGAGAUAAUCGUCCCCCUUUUAUUCUCUCUUUCUUUCUUUCUUUCUUUCUUUCUAUUUUAACAUCCCUUUCACUUCACGCUUACCAACUAAUCAAUUUACAGAUGUGAUGAACUACGUUGCGUUCCUAAUCUUUAUUGAGUGAAGGCCAUGUUUGGCUCCUGUAUUGAUCAGUGAAUUUUCUUGAAGAAUUUGUUAUACUUUCGGUUUACUUAUUCUUUGAUGUGGAUGCCUUUACACUGAUAAAGUUGGAAAAAGCUGUUCUGAAUUUGGUGCAAGAUUGAAGGUAAAGAAAGGGGUAAAUUCUGAAUUUGCAAUAAUUUAUAAGCUAAGAAGAAGAUCGAAUUCUCACAAAACACAAAAAGAAAUGGCAACACAAGUGGAGCCACCAAAUGGAAUUAGUCCUCGAGGGAAGAACUAUUACAGAAUGUGGCAAACUAUAUUUGAAGUUGAUACGAAAUACGUUCCGAUCAAACCUAUUGGGAGAGGAGCUUAUGGUGUGGUUUGUUCCUCAGUGAAUAGGGAGACAAAUGAGAGAGUUGCUAUCAAGAAGAUCAAUAACGUGUUUUCGAAUAGAAUUGAUGCACUUAGAACUCUAAGAGAAUUGAAGCUUUUGAGGCAUAUAAGGCAUGAGAAUGUGAUUGCUUUGAAGGAUGUGAUGAUGCCUAUUCAUAGAAGUAGUUUCAAGGAUAUCUAUUUGGUUUAUGAGUUGAUGGAUACAGAUCUUAAUCAUAUCAUUAAGUCGACGCAGCCUUUAUCCAAUGACCAUUGCAAGUAUUUUCUUUUUCAGCUCCUUCGUGGCUUGAAAUAUCUUCAUUCAGCUAACAUUCUCCACCGGGACUUGAAACCUGGGAAUCUCCUUGUGAAUGCUAACUGUGAGUUAAAGAUAUGUGACUUUGGACUGGCUAGGACUAGCAGAGACAAUGGGCAGUUCAUGACUGAAUAUGUAGUCACUCGUUGGUAUCGUGCACCAGAGCUGCUACUUUGCUGUGACAAUUAUGGAACAUCGAUUGAUGUAUGGUCUGUUGGAUGCAUCUUCGCAGAAAUCCUUGGCCGGAAACCUCUUUUCCCAGGAACUGAGUGCCUCAAUCAGCUUAAACUUAUUCUCAAUAUCCUUGGUAGCCAGCCUGAAGCUGAUCUUCAUUUCAUUGAUAACCCAAGGGCUAAGGGAUUCAUCCGAUCUCUUCCUUUUACCCGAGGAGCUCACUUUUCUUCUCUCUUCCCUCAGGCUGAUCCUUUAGCAAUAGACUUAUUGCAGCGAAUGCUCAUUUUUGACCCCUCAAAGAGAAUAACAGUUACUGAAGCUCUCUAUCAUCCUUACCUAUCAAGUCUAUAUGAUCCAACCUGCAAUCUUCCCGCUCAGUUUCCUCUUAAUCUGGAUAUUGAUGAGAAUAUGGCAGAACCAUUGAUUCGGGAGAUGAUGCUGAGAGAAAUCUUUCAUUACCAUCCUGAAGCAGCUUAUAUCAACACGUUUUACUAGUUACCCUCUAUGUAGUCUAUGUACUUCCGCUUGGGACACAAAAGAAGAGACCUAAGCAAAGAAAGUAACUGGACAUUUUUGUUCUGUAUUAUGAUAAAUACUCAGUUAAGUCAUUGUGGCAACUUGGACACAUUUGGAACAAAGAGGUGAUCAAUCUGAGAAUCACUUAAGGUUAUAAUUGAAGACUUCAUUUCAUCUUCUUUACUUUUUUAGAUUAUUAGUGGGAGUAAGUCGUCUCCGUUCACGGGUUCGAGCUAUGAAAUCAAACUAUUGAUGCUUGCACCAGGGUAAGCUACUUGCAGAGUUGCGGCCUGCAUGACGCCCCCUUUAGGGAGCAGCCAGGCCCCGGAUCCCGCGCGAAGCAUACUUUGUACACCGAACUGUUUUUAUUGGACUUUUAGAUUAUUACUAUUGUGAAAUAUUUUUGGUGUGUAUUGAGCCGAGGACUGAAUGAGGCAACCAAUUUAUCCAGUCUAUAUGGACCCUUGGACUAGACUACUUGUAAGCUGUACAUAAUUUUAUGGGCUAAGCUUCCCAUUUUCCUUCCA